CAUUUUUCAGCAAGAUGGCGGCGUCCAUGAGUAGGGCGUUUAUGUCCCUUCGCAAAGUAACAUGCUGCAGUUUGAAGAAUACUGAGAUGCCUUUGGACGUGAGACAUCCUGCCCCACUCUUCCUGCCAGUGCGAACCAGGAGGAAGCACUUUGUUCCUCCUGCAGCGGAGAAACCGGAGAAAAACCCAGAACUUCAGGCUCGAGCGGCGGGGCUCGUCAUACGGCAGCAGUACAUGGAGAGGACCAUUAAUAUUUCCUGCACGUCGGGAGUCUUUGACCCUUACAUCCCCCCAGAAGGAGACUCUCGUCUUUCCACCCUGUCUAAAGAAGGCCUGAAACAACGAGCUGAGCAGAUACGACAGAGCGCCACCUCACAGCUCGCGAUUCGCAAAAUCAAAGAGCACGACGCUCAGUUCACAACAAAGACUUUUGCAGUACAAGCUCAAGAAAUCUUCAUUGAGGCGCACAACUCCCUGACACAAUUUGACAAGGACAAGCUUCACGCCCUGGUUACAGAGAGGUGUUAUCCUGAGAUGACGAGGGGCAACCGUUACAAGACGAUCCGCUGGACGUUUGUUGAGUCUCUGGAACCGCCCAGGGUGGUUCACGCUCGCUGCCCCGGCAUGGUCACCAAAGACAACCUGUAUGGGCAGGUGACCGUCCGCAUGCACUCUAAACAGACUCUGGCCAUCUAUGAUCGCUUUGGGAGGCUGAUGCUGGGUAGUGAGGAGCAACCAAAGGAUGUCUUGGAGUACUUGGUCAUAGAGAAGCACCUGCUCAACCCCUACGGUCGGUGGAGGUUGCACGGGAAAAUUGUGCCAUCCUGGGCACCGGCCAAAGACCCGAUUAUUAAGACGGUGGCCAUUCCUGGUCCAAAGCUGAAGCCAUGGGAGGAGUUUGAAUCCCUCAACUAUGAAGUUCCCAAACCGGCCGCUGUUCAGUGGAAUAAGUAGGUCACCAGGGGACAGUGCCCGUUUCUUUAAACCCCAGCUGGACGUUUGGCCGAGGAUCCAAGCUGCUUUUAGCUGUUGCAAGAAGUCCUGUGGCGUUUGAGAGCCUCAG